AUCAUCUGUCGCCCAAACAUAUGUUGUUUAAUCAGGAAGUUAUCUAGGGACUUUUGUAAAGUUUUGUUUUCUGACAAUAAGGAGUGGUGGAAUUUGAAUGUACAGCAGUUGAAAAUAAGGAUAUUAUUCUGAAACAAUGCAGAAUUUCAUUAUACUGAGUGCAGUAUGUUUUGUGUUGUGUACUAGUUUUCGGUUAAAAAGAAAUACCCUAUGUACCUACUCUUAUCAGUGUACCACAACCACACCCUGCUGUAGAGAUGCUAACGGUAAAACACUUACUCACGACGAAGACUUUGGUGGACUUGGUUUACCACUCAGUGGAACUUGCUCAAGUGUAAUUGGAAAGAAGGGGGAUAUUUGCGAUUCUUCUUGUGGUUGCAAUUUAGGUUUAACAUGUUAUCGGCCAGUGACUGGAGUAUGCUGUCUUCCAAGGAAAUGUUAUGAUGCCGCCUGGGUAAAACAACAAGAACAGUACUGGGCAAAUUGUCACCCGCCAACAUGUUAUUAUCCUGUAUAAAAUGUGUCAUACCAUAACAAAAUAAAAUAUCAAUUUCCGUA